UUCUAUGGCUGUAAGCUGUAGACUGUAGAUAAAAUAUAGUUGUAUCAAUUACAAGUAAGAUCACUAGCAAAAGAGAGAGAGAGAGCAAUCAUUCUUGAUUACAUACCACUCUUAGCAUUCAACAGAUUUCAGAAAUGGAGGUAGUUGGUGGAGCAUUUCUCUCUUCAGCUUUGAAUGUUCUUUUUGAAAGGCUUGCUCCUCAGGGUGAUCUUCUCAACAUGUUUCAUAAGCAAAAGCAUCAUGUUCGGCUCUUAAAGAAGCUGAAAAUGACUUUGCGUGGUCUUCAGAUUGUGCUAAGUGAUGCAGAGAAUAAGCAAGCAUCAAAUCCAUCUGUGAGAGACUGGGUUAAUGAGCUUCGAGUUGCUGUGGACUCUGCUGAAAACUUAAUAGAAGAAGUCAAUUAUGAAGCGUUGAGGCUUAAGGUGGAAGGUCAGAAUCAAAAUGUUGCAGAAACACUAUUGAAACAUUGGAAAAUUUGCAACCUGUGCUUGAGUGAUGAUUUUUGUCUUAACAUAAAGGAGAAGUUGGAAGAUACUGUUGAAACAUUGAAGGAUUUGCAAGAGCAAAUUGGUGACCUUGGCUUAACGGAGCAUUUUGGUUCAACUAAACAAGAAACUAGAGCACCUUCAACUUCUUUGGUUGAUGAUUCUGAUAUCUUUGGAAGGCAGAGUGAAAUAGAGGAUUUGAUUGACCGUUUAUUGUGUGAAGAUGCAAGUGGAAAAAAUCUGACAGUAGUUCCUAUUGUUGGAAUGGGCGGCCUGGGUAAGACAACACUUGCUAAAGCGAUUUACCAUGAUGAGAGGGUGAAGAACCAUUUUGGUUUGAAAGCUUGGUAUUGUGUUUCUGAGCCAUAUGAUGCUUUGAGACUAACGAAAGGGUUACUUCAAGAAAUUGACUCAUUUGACUCAAAGGAUGUCCACAACAAUCUUAAUCAGCUUCAAGUCAAAUUGAAGGAAAACUUAAAGGGAAAGAAGCUUCUUAUUGUUCUGGAUGAUGUGUGGAAUGACAACUACAACGAAUGGGAUGACUUGAGAAAUCUGUUUGUACAUGGAGAUGUAGGAAGUAAGAUCAUUGUGACGACACGUAAAGGGAGUGUUGCCUUGAUGAUGGGAAAUGAGCAAAUUAGCAUGGACCAUUUGUCUAUUGAAGCCUCUUGGUCUUUAUUUAAAAGACAUGCAUUUGAAAACAUGGAUCCUAUGGGACAUCCAAAACUUGAAGAGGUCGGAAAACAAAUUGCAGCUAAGUGCAAGGGACUGCCCUUAGCUCUGAAGACUCUUGCUGGCAUGUUACGCUCCAAAUCAGAGGUUGAAGAGUGGAAACGUAUUUUGAGAAGUGAAAUAUGGGAGCUGCCACACAAUGACAUAUUACCAGCGCUGAUGUUGAGCUACAAUGAUCUUCCCGCACAUUUAAAGCGAUGUUUUUCCUAUUGUGCAAUAUUUCCUAAAGAUUAUCCAUUUAGGAAAGAACAAGUUAUUCAUCUGUGGAUUGCCAAUGGUCUCAUACCACAGGAAGAUGAAAUAAUUGAAGAUUCGGGCAACCAAUACUUUCUGGAGUUGAGAUCAAGAUCAUUAUUCGAAAGGGUCCCAAAUCCUUCUGAAGGGAACCGAGAGAAAUUCUUAAUGCAUGACCUCAUCAACGAUUUAGCCCAAAUUGCAUCUUCAAAACUUUGUAUCAGGUUGGAAGAGAGCCAAAGAUCUGAUAUGUUGGAAAAAAGCCGGCACUUAUCUUAUUCCAUGGGAAAAGAUGGUGACUUUGAAAAAUUGACACCCCUCUACAAAUUGGAGCAGCUGCGGACAUUGCUUCCAACAUGUAAUGGUCUCUAUAUUAACCCUCUAAGCAAGAGGGUACAGCAUAACAUACUGCCAAGACUAAGAUCCUUGAGGGUACUAUCAUUGUCUCAUUACAUGAUUAAGGAGUUGCCAAAUGAAUUGUUUAUCAAAUUAAAGCUCCUCAGAUUUUUGGACCUUUCUAGGACAAUGAUUGAAAAGUUGCCUAAUUCCAUUUGUGUAUUGUAUAACUUAGAGACACUUCUCCUGUCAUCUUGUGGUUAUCUUGAGGAGCUACCGCUGCAGAUGGAGAAGUUGAUUAACUUGCGUCAUCUUGACAUAAGCAACACUUGUCGCUUGAAGAUGCCACUACAUCUGAGCAAGUUGAAAAGCCUCCAAGUGUUGGUGGGAGCCAAGUUUCUUGUAGGUGGUCGCGGUGGUUUGAGAAUGGAAGAUUUGGGUGAAGUACAUAACUUGUAUGGAUCUCUAUCAGUUGUAGAGUUGCAAAAUGUGGUUGAUAGAAGGGAAGCUGUGAAGGCAAAGAUGAGGGAGAAGAAUCAUGUUGAGAAGCUAUCUUUGAGGUGGAGUGAAAGUAGUAGUGUAGACAAUUCACAAACAGAAAUAGACAUACUUGAUGAGCUACGCCCACAUAAAAAUGUAAAAGAAGUCGAAAUCACCGGAUAUAGAGGGACAAAAUUUCCAAAUUGGCUAGCUGAUCCUUUGUUUCUUAAGCUGGUAGAAUUGUCUCUUAGCCACUGCAAGGACUGUGAUUCCUUGCCAGCACUGGGACAACUUCCAUCUUUGAAAAUCCUUUCGAUUAGAGAGAUGCAUGGAAUAACAGAGGUCACUGAAGAAUUCUAUGGAAGUUCAUCCUCUAAAAAGCCUUUUAACUGUCUUGAGAAGCUUGAAUUUGAAGAUAUGCCAGAGUGGAAGCAAUGGCACGUACUAGGAAUUGGAGAGUUUCCUAAACUCGAGAAGCUUUCAAUUGCAAAUUGUCCGAAGUUGAUGGGGAAGUUGCCUGAAAAUCUCUGUUCUCUGAAAGAAUUGAGCAUUUCAAGAUGUCCCGAACUCAAUUUGGAGACACCCAUCCAACUUCCAAGUUUAAAAAGGUUUGAAGUUAUUGGUUCUCCUAAGGUUGGAGUUCUUUUUGAUGAGGGUCAGCUGUUUACAUCCCAACUUGAGGGAAUGAAGAAGAUUGAGGGAUUAUUUAUUAGUGAUUGUAACUCUCUUACCUCCUUACCUUUUAGCAUUCUUCCCAGUACCUUGAAGACAAUAAAUAUAUCUCGUUGCCAGAAAUGGAAAUUGGAGGCGUCAGUUGGUGAGAUGUUUCUUGGGGUUUUGGCACUGGUAGAAUGUGAUUCUAUAACUGAGUUGGUCCCAGGAGCAUGCAAUUUGCUUGUACAGAGUUGCCACAACCUUACUAGUUUUUUUAUUACUACUGUGACUGAAAGCCUCUAUUGCGACAACUUUACAAAGCUGAAGCGGCUGCCACAACUCCUUCCAUCUCUUGAGGACCUGAUACUGUGUAAUUGUCCAGAAAUAGAGUCCUUCCCUGAAGGAGGAUUGCCCUUCAAUUUACAACUACUUCAGAUCUGGAAUUGCAAUAAACUGGUGAACGAUCGAAAGGAGUGGCGUUUACAGAGACUCUCCUGUCUCACAGAAUUACGCAUCUACCAUGAUGGCAGUGACAACGAGAUUGUUGGUGGUGAGAAUUGGGAGUUGCCUUCCUCUAUUCAAACACUUAGAAUAGAGAAUCUGAAAACAUUAAGCAGCCAACAUCUCAAAAGCCUCACCUCUCUUCAAUAUCUAGAUAUUUAUAAUUUACCUCAAAUUCAGUCACUGCUGGAAGAAGGGCUUCACUCCUCUCCUUCUCUUCAAAGUCUAGUCAUCUCCUCCUGCCAUCAACUCCAGUCUGUUGCCCCCCUGCCCUCUUCCCUCUCUCAGCUGAUCAUCGAUGAUUGCCCUAAUCUCAAAUCCCUUCCACCCCUGCCCUCCUCCCUCUCUGAGCUGACCAUCACUGAUUGCUGUAAUCUCAAAUCCCUUCCAGUAAAAGGGAUGCUCCCUUCCCUCUCUGAGCUAUCUAUUUCCAAAUGUCCAUUCCUCAAACCACUCCUAAAAUUUGACAAGGGGAAAUACUGGCCAUAA